GAUGGCCCACAGUGGGUACCCCUAAUCCUGCCUCAGUGCUUUUCAUCCCUGCCCUACCCCUGUGCUUGGACUGCUCUCUGUGCCUCUGCAGACCCCCAGCUUUACCCACAUCCAUCGAGCUAAGAACAGCAAACAACAAUGUCCACCAGCGACCGUUUCGACUGCCAUUACUGCAAAGACUCCCUGCUGGGGAAGAAGUACAUCAUGAAAGAAGACACACAGUACUGCACUAAGUGCUAUGAGAAUUUGUUCGCCAAUUGCUGUGAGGAAUGCGCUGUACCAAUUGGCUCUAACUGCAAGGACCUGUCCUAUAAGGAUCACCACUGGCACGAGCAGUGCUUCAAGUGUGCCAAGUGCAGCCGCUCUUUGGUGGAAAAGGCUUUCGCCGCAAAGGACGAUGUGCUGCUCUGCACUGAGUGCUACGCUAACGAUUAUUCCUCCAAAUGUACCACCUGCAAGAAAACCAUCAUGCCAGGUUCCCGCAAAAUGGAAUACAAGGGGAACAGCUGGCAUGAGACCUGCUUCCUGUGCCACCGCUGCCAACAGCCAAUAGGAACCAAGUCCUUCAUCCCCAAAGACAGCGGCUACUUCUGCGUGCCCUGCUUUGAGAAGCAGUUUGCCUACCAGUGCUGCGCUUGUAAGAAGGCCAUCACAACAGGCGGAGUGACUUACCAAGACAAGCCCUGGCACCGCGAGUGCUUCCUAUGCAUCGGCUGUAGAAAGCAGCUCUCGGGUCAGCGCUUCACCUCCAGGGAAAACUACCCCUACUGCCUCGAAUGUUUCAGCAACCUGUACGCAAAGAAGUGCGUGGGCUGCACCAAGCCCAUCACCAGUCUGGCGGGGGCCAAGUACAUCUCGUUCGAGGAGCGCCAGUGGCACAGCGAGUGUUUCACGUGCAUGCACUGCGCCAUGUCGCUGGUGGGACGCGGCUUCCUCACCCAGCGCGACAACAUCUUGUGCACCGACUGUGGCAGGGAGAAGUGAGAAGACGUGUCCUGUCCUCUCACACAUACAGUGCACACAACGAAAAAACCUGUGAUGGUUUCUUAUGCCUUUCACAACAUGUAUCUUUAAAGUCAGGACUAUACGGACAAGAAAUAUGUAUGAUUUACGCUUCUUUCAUCUGAAAUACUUAACAUUCUAAAGAUUGCUCCAAUAAACACCUGUAUAUGUGCAUCAGGCUGAGACGGAUGUCA